UUCCGCGUUCAACUUCACUCUGGCAAAAUGAAGUGAUUCAGCUACUCGGCCGGGCUGCGUGGUCGCAAAGUAUUUGCAGAAGUUUGGAUAAAGUCGUGAACUGGAGUCUAGGGUCGAAGGAAUUUUGUAAAUAUCGUUCGCGUUCAACCUCAGGAUGAUUCUUCUCGAGAUCAACAAUCGCAUCGUCGAGGAGACGCUACUGUUGAAGUUCCGCAAUGCAAUUGCUGGUCAGAAGCCUGAGUCAAUCGACGUCACAAUCGCAGAUUUCGAUGGCGUAUUAUUUCACAUUUCCAAUAUCAAUGGCGAUAAAACUAAAGUUAGGACUAGCAUAGCACUUAAAUUUUAUAAACAAUUGCAAGAACAUGGAGCGGAUGAACUGCUCAAGAGAGAGUAUGGCGAUUUGCUCAUAGAAACUGAGGAAGGCUAUAAUGUCUCAGUACUUAUUAACUUAGAAAAUAUCCCAUCCGAUUGGGAGAAGGUUGCUCAAAAAAUUGGUCUCCUGAAACGAAAUUGUUUUGCUUCAGUUUUCGAAAAAUACUUCGAUUUCCAGGAGAAAGGCGAAGAGGGACAAAAACGGGCUGUUAUUAAUUAUCGUAACGAUGAGACAAUGUAUGUUGAAGCCAAGUCAGAUCGUGUAACUGUAGUAUUCAGUACAAUAUUCCGUGAUGAAGAUGACGUAGUUUUAGGAAAAGUUUUUAUGCAGGAAUUGAGAGAAGGACGGAGAGCGUCACACACAGCACCUCAAGUAUUAUUUUCGCAUCGUGAGCCACCACGCGAAUUGGCGAAUACUGAUGCACGAGUUGGUGAUAAUAUCGGAUACGUUACAUUUGUUCUAUUCCCGCGUCACACAUGUAAAGAAACCAGAGACAACACUAUUAAUUUAAUACAUAUGUUCCGAGAUUAUUUACAUUAUCACAUCAAGUGUUCAAAAGCCUACAUUCAUUCACGAAUGCGAGCAAAAACCUCAGAUUUCCUAAAAGUGCUAAAUCGAGCUAGACCGGAGCCCAAAAAUAUCGAGAAGAAAACAAUCACAGGAAGAACGUUUAUUCGAAAAGAAUGAUUUUAGAGUGGAGUCUAGUUGUUUUUUAUAUUUAAAUAAUUAUUAAUUACAUAAUUGAAGAUAAGAAACAUUGAACAAAAGUAAUAAGAUUUUAAGAAUUUUAAGUAUCCAAAGUCUUGUAAUUAACGUAUAAAAAAUCGAUAUAACCUAAAAGGAAAAAACUAUUAUAAAUAAUAAAAAAAUCAAGUGUGGCGCUAAAGAGAAAAGUUCAUUACAAUAAAGAAGAAUGCUGCCCAUUGGUUAAAGAAAAUGAAAAAAAGUAUCUAAAUAAAUACGUUGAAAACAAAAAA